AUGAUCACGUCGUGGGAAGGAACGAAGAUGCAAAGGAGGCGGAGGGAGGAUUCACGGAAGCUUUUCGGCUCCCUGUGGGGAUUGAGUCUCCUUCGACAGUGGGCGGCAGAUGACACCGUCUUCGACGCCUUCGAAAGGCCAUCGCCCAGCGAGGAGGACGCACAACGGCCAAGCAAUGGACACCUGAACGAUCGAAGCGGCGCGCGCCGCCGAGAGCAAGCGAUGGAGACGGUGGUCCCUUGCAAGGGGAGCAGUACCACGGCGAGGGCUUCUUCUGCUGGCACGGGAGGACUCGGGCACGGCGGGGGCGACUUACGAUUGGCUGCAACCCCCCGGGAGCGAGAGUUGUCCUUGGUGUUGGAGGCGAUGCCCUCUGUUGGCGAGGAGGUCGCGGUCGACCUCUUCACCCCAGGUGGGGUGGGUGCGUGCAUGCGGAACGGGCAGAUGCAGGCACAGGCACGGACGGCCCUUUGUUCUCGUUGCGCCCCUUCCGGGGGGGGAGGGAGAACGGCAUUAUGUAGUGUCGUGAAGAACUAUCCCAAUAGGAGCUGCUGGUUUUUUUCGUUUGCCGUAUUCCGGGAAUGUUCUUCUGCUGUCACCAAAGCAACGCUCUCGCCCCCUCCCUCACCGUGCCAACUGCAACUCAACGUCGAUUUCCGGUGGACAGGGAGCAGGGCCCAGUGGACGGCUCUGUACCGCGGCCCAUCACGCGGAAAACUGCGCGUGGACGGGCUGGAACCUGGCCGCCGGUAUCGCUUUCGAUCACGCCUCUCGACGUCGAUGGGAGCAGGAAGGCGGGGGGGGUCGUGGAGGCACGCCUCCUUCUGUACUCUUCCGGAACGACCUCCUGCGCCCGUAGCGGCGGGUUGGUUACCGGGCGGGCCGGCCCUGUCGGCAGAGACACCCCGCCUCGGCGACGACCGUGACACGAGCGGUGGAAAUUCUCGCCUGAGGCGGCUGUCGGUACUGAGCGGAGGCGAUGCUCGUGGAAAGAACGGGUUUGAGAAUCUCCGGCUCAAGAUGGGAGUCGAACGAAGUUCGACCUGUGGGCGACCUGAAGGCAUCCCUUUGACGUCUGAGACCGCGACGCGGAAUAAGACGGAAGGACCUUGGCACAAGUCGGCCGAAGAUUGCGGCAUGUGGGUGGUCGAGUGCCGUACUCGGCUACGAUUCACAGGCGGCUACGCCUGGUGCACAGAUGACCGGACCGCCUUGGAGUGGGCUGGCGGUGUGGGUGCCACGAAAGGCCCCGCGGAGUCUGGCGUGAAUUCCGCUGGGGCGGCGGCCGACGACAGGAACAAUUCGAGCACCACGAUAAAUCUUUGCCGCUCAGCACAAGGCGGUGCCGACGACGACGGGGGAGGCCAAGAACUUCGAAGUGAGGAGAGCAUGGACGCCGGUGCGCCGUGGGAACUCGUGUAUCGGGGCAGGCGCUCGAUGUGCGUGGUUGGAUCCCUCUCGCUAGGCUCGAGCUACGCGUUCCGCUGCGCGAGAGAGAACGCAGACGGGCAGGUUGGCCCUUGGUCGACCGAUCUCUGGUGCACCGUUCCCGGGUCUACGAAGAAGUUCGACCGCAGAAGCAGCUGCGGCAACCGGAAACGUAACGCCAGCGACAACCGUAAGACCGCAAGAGGCGACCCACACGUCGCCGGGGACGCGACACUACUCCUGAAUGGUAUCAGCAGCCCCGACGCAAUCGCAGGGAACCAGCCACGCCCUAUGUCUGAAAGUAAGGCAACGGAGUUUCAGCCGCGGUUCAACCUCCUCGUGCCCGCUUUGGUCGACGCGUUCGCCCGCCUUGCCGAGGACGGCGAUCGCUGGAUUGGCAGCACGCGCUCGACGCCCCUACGACCACCACCUCGCCGGGCGGUGGCAACCCGCAGGCCAGCAGCAACUUCCGCCGCUACUCCUGCCGCCACCGCAGACCCGACGUCGACACAAACUACCCACGACCGCGAACAUCAUCAUGGGGCAUCUUCCAAGGGAAGUGGGUCGGCACAACAGGGGGAGACGGCGAAGAUGGUGUGGGACGAGCACUGGGACUCCGAACGCCGUAUCCCUUUUUUUAGUCUCCGCGGGCGUGACCUGUCGGUAUGGCAGAUUCCGGCCCUCUAA